ACCUUUUAAGACAGAUGAAUCUCGACUCCUUCACCUCCACUUCCGACGCACAAUAACAUGACUGACCACGCACUCAAUGAGCUCCCUCAUUCUGGCCUUGUGACUCAUAGUUCAGCCGUGGAGCCCGUCGGGUCCACAAACAUCCAGACCGCUGAAGCCGCCAUUCUACUUCAAGUUCACCGGGUGAACGGUCUACGCGAUCUUGAUGAAGAUGAUGAGGCACACAGGGAUGCUGGUGAAGACUCGUCUGACGGCGAAGAUGAAACAUUCAUAUGGCGCCCCAGGGGCUCGAUGACCGCUGUUACAAGCGGCAUUCCGAGUCAGAAACGUGGCACAAGGAAACCCUCGUCCGCUUCUAUCGGCAACAAGUCGACUACUGCUUCUGGUCAAGCAAAGACACCUGCGAACGUCAAUACUGGCAAGGAUGGCUCCAACGCUCAGCAUCAAUCUACGUCCGCUACACCUCAACGUCGCUGAGAAGUUGAUGCCGUCGAUGGAACCGAUUUCACUUGCAUAGUACACACUCUUCCGCGGACCGCUGUUUGUAGUUUCCCCAUCAAUUCCAGUUCUCCGUACUCUUCGAUUCACGCUCGAGAAUGCUACACCUAUACUCUGUGCGUUUGGUGGUAUAAAUCCGAUCCGGUCUGGAAAUCUUCUCUUCGAUACUUCAAGUAAGGCGGUGCUUUGUUCAUGGUGCAGUGUAUCAAUUUGUUUUUGAGGCUGUUCGAGGCCCACCGGAAGCCCCUGAUUUUAUCCCCGG